GAUUUUAAUUAGACCUAUUAGACCUAUGUAAAAAAAUUCAUUAAAUAAAAAAAUUAAAUUUGGAAAAAAAAUUGUUUAGUGUAAAAUGGAUAAUUAAAUAGACACAAACUAAAUUACUAUAUUCAGCAUUUUGAACGAAAAAAAAUUUUUGUGCGAAAUUUUAAUAAAAAAAAUAAAAUAAAACAAAUGUAUAUGAAGGGAAAAUAUUGGCAUUGGUGAUGUCAGACAGGCCACAGACAAAGGAAACAACCCAAGAGGACGUUGAUUUAAUUACCGAAUUAUUUCAAGAUUUAAUAUCUGAUAUCGUUGACUUAAAACCGUACACAACAAAUGUAUCUUUAUUACAAAAUCUUGAAAUGAAGCACUCAUCAGACUCUAAACCACCCAUAGAUACUGCAAUUAGAACGUUGCCACGUAUAAGUGUAUCUGAUAAGAAAGUAAACACUGAAUCCAAUUUAGAAAAAACUGAAGAGUAUCCAGAAAUUGAAUUCGAAUCACAAUCAAAAACUUACAAAAACAUUAAAAUAAAUGCUAAUAAAGCUGCUGUUCAACGGUUGGAGAAUAGUCGUAAAAAUAUUGGAGACGUAAUCGAUCCCGAGCAUAAAUACACAACCGUUUACAGUAUAGACGCCAACAGUUUUGGUAAAACCAAGUAUCAUACAAUAUUAAGUAUUGCACCCAAAGAAACCUCAAAAAAUUCAUUAAGACAGUCUGAAAAUAAUGAUUCGAAAGCAAUAACUGAUAAUCUUAAAAAAAAUAUUGAAAAAAAUGGUUAUCAAUGUUUUCAAGUAGUUUCUUCUGCUGUAAUGAAACCGACUGAUGCUGGUAAGAAUAAACAAUCGAAACCCUUCAAAGCAAAAGAUAUAAAUACCACAAGAGUCGUAAGUAAAAACGAAGAAACAGAUAAACACUCGCAGGCAUCAAAAUUUAAAAUGAAUACGCUCAAUAGUUCUGAAUUAUCGGAGCGUAUAAAAUAUUUAGCUAAGCGAAUAAAUUUAAAUAGAUUGAAUAAACGUAUGAAAAUUGAGAAAAAUUGUGUCGACCAUCCAAAACCAAAGCCGAAAACCAAAACACCAUUAACAAUGCCAUCCCUCAUUACUAGUAAACAGCAACAUCAGAAAAACACCAAAUUAUCACAACCAAUCACGAAAACAGCACAACCUAAACUACAAGUUUCCACUGUAGGUCGCCCAAUUUCGCCAAAUUGGAUGACAAAACAAAAUAGAGAAAAGUAUUCAAAAAAUACUCACCCAAAAAAUAAAAACAAUGAUCACACAACGCAGAAAUUUGAUGAUAACUUGAAACGCAAACGAGAAGUCGAUUUUGUAGCAAAGCGAAUUGUGAUUCAACCUGCAUCGAAGUCAAAUUUUAACGAUACAUGCCAUUUGAAAUUAGUUCUAGCCGAAAUGGAUAAACGUAAAUCUGAUUCAAAACAGUUCAUAAACAGCACAGUAGCCGAACAAUUACGUAAUAUAUUUAAAAAUAUCAAAGAUAGAAAGACAUCACCAAAAAUUUUGGUAAAACCACCAAAAAUUAGUAACGAGUAUGAGAAAGAGAAAUUAAUGAAUUCGAUUCCAGGCAUAUUGAAUGAAAUUUUACAGCAGAAUAGCAGUACAUCGCUAAUUAAAAAUAAUCUCGAAUGCUCUAAUCAAACAUCGAAAAAAAAUAAUAAACUUAAAAAUCGAUUUAGAAAACAUGAUAUACCUAUACAAGUGGAAGUUAUGAAACAAAUAAGAACAAUGAAUGAAUUAAGAUCUAGCUAUACAAAUGAGCACAAAGAACGUGAAGGCAAAUAUAUAAAUUCUGAAACAAAGUUAUUGAAUUCCAUUAAACCGGAAGAUAUUCUACCAAUAUCAGCUGAAUAUAGUAAACAAAAAAAAUUAAAAUCAGUAAGCAAAUCGGCAGCAAGUUUGCUAUCAAUUGGACCGAACGAUAUGAAUGUAUUAACAAAAAAAGCACAUAAAAUGCGUGAUGAUAUUGACACUAAUGAGCUUGAUACGCCGUCACCACGAAAAAUCCAUAAACAUAAAGUAUCGAUAUUAAAAUUUAAUGACAUAUUAAAAUUGAAAAGAUUAUCGAAUACUUUAGCGAAUUAUUUCCGACGUUCGAAUCGAUCAUUCGAAACAAUUAUACCAUUAACUGUACAGUGUUUGUAUAACAAAGGUAAAGUGUUAACGAAACAUCAAUACUCAUUAUGGAAGCAAUACAAUGCUAAAAAUUGUGUAGUUCCUAAUAAAACGGGCGAUAAUAACACCUUUGUUCGUCCAUACACACCACUAAUUGAAAUACCAUUAAAAUCAGCACAAAAAUUACCGUCCUCAACAUGCAUAAGGCGAAAAUCGUAUUGCAAUAUGGGGCGACAAUCACAUAGUAAUAUCAUGCAACAAUCGCAUUUCAAGGACCGUUUUGGAACUACAAAUAUUAGUUCACAAGAGUCGGAUGCAUCAGACGAUGAUGCAAGAGUCAGGCGAUCGAAUAGCUAUUCAACAAGAUCGAACAGUACAAGUGUUUAUAGUGAUAAAAGUUUAUCUUCAAGUCAUCACAUAUCAGGAAAAGGUAAAGAAGAAACUGUUUUAAAAGUAAUUAAUGCCGAAAUGGAUGAUUCAACGUUGAAAGGAGACCCAACGUUGGGAGGAAUUUUAGGUUUAUCUGUGCAUAAUUUAAAAGAUAAUAAUGAUAUCCAUUACUUUAGACCAACAGUUGAGAAGGAACCAAAUGAUUGGUUAUUUAGAAAAUAUCCAGCGAUGAAUGGUAGGAAAGUCUACACGAAGCCAAUGAUGCGUCGGUUAUAUGAUCAAAAAAAUAUUCGUCGUAGUUGUACAGUUGAAGAUUGUAUUGAUUUAAAGUCUACGUUAGUGUGUUAAGUUUCAAAUAUAUUUUCCAUAAUCAUUUUUGGUUGUUACAAACUUUUUUAAAAACGUUGAAUUUAUAAAGAAGCAAAAAAAAUUUCGCAGAAAAAUAACAAAUUUUGUGGAUUUCAAAAUAAGGUGAAGUAUCAUCUUUGUGAUUGA